GAGCUUUUGACUCGCCAUGCCAUGGAUACUUUAUGGCAGUACCAGUUCAGGAUAAUUUUACUCGGGGACUCGACGGUGGGCAAAUCAUCUUUGCUCAAGAGGUUCACGGAUGGCAUAUACAGCGAUGUAGCGGAUCCGACGGUCGGUGUGGAUUUCUACGCCCGUUCAAUAGACAUCGAACCUGGGGUUAAAAUCAAACUACAGUUAUGGGAUACAGCCGGACAGGAGAGAUUCAGGUCUAUCACCACUUCCUACUAUCGCAACUCUGUGGGCGGUCUCUUAGUUUUUGAUCUGACGAACAGGAAGACCUUUGAUCAUGUGCGGGAAUGGCACCGAGAAGUCAGCGAGCACAUCCUGCCUCAUCACAUGGUCUACAUCCUGAUCGGCCACAAGAGCGACCUGAGCCGCGAUCGCAAGGUGACACGAGAUGAGGCCGAGCAGCUAGCGGCCGAUCUCGGAAUCCGCUAUGUGGAAACAUCAGCCAAAUGCAACAGCAAUGUGGAACGUGCUUUCGAGCUGCUCACACGGGACAUUUAUGAGCUGAUGAAGAUGGGUGAGAUCUCCACUCGUGACGGCUGGGAUGGGGUCAAGAGUGGCCUCACUGCCAAAGUUCUUUAUCCAGCUGAGGAGGAAGCGGAGCGAGAAAAGAGCUGCAACUGCUGACUUCCACAAUCCACCUGUAAUUGCACCUGUGUUUCAGUUGGUCGUCGCUCACCUUGGCUUUCACCAGUGUGUCGCAUCAUGGUCACUGCCUCAGGGCCUGGACCGCUGCACGUACCUUCUUGUUGAUGUUUGAGGUUGAUGGUAUAAGCCACUCAAAGGUGUAGUAUAUGUGGGCUUGAAUGGUCCUCUUCAUAUUGUUGGAGAUCACCCUAUGUUUUCAAGUCUUGUGGAUAACAUGGAUAAACAUUUUUUAAGCUCUAUCCCAUUGUACUUCACAUCCUCUGGAGUUUAGUCUUCUUUCUUUCCCUUUUAACAUUAUUACUGUGGUACAGUUAACGU